AUGGAUCCGCCACUGAAAGUCGUCGUACUAGAUCUGUGGGAUAUAUUGCUAUCCCAACCUGUUCCCGUCAGCACCAACAUUUCGCGUCAUGUGUUGAAAGAUAUAUUCUCUACCGACAUAUGGCAUAGCUACGAGUGUGGCCAGCUCAGCGAUGAUGGCAUUUGCCAGGAGAUUGCCGUGAGAUAUUCACUGAAUGUGGCCGAUGUCGUUGUUAUCCUAGAGCAAACCCAGAAGAUCGACACUCAAGAUGAAAGCCUGAUACAGAGUCUUCAAGCCUUGAAAGGAAAAGACGGCAAUGGUGUUUUUCUAUGCGCGAUGCUGAAUGUUUCGACCGCAGGUUACGCAACUAUCCGUCACCGGAUCGCAGAGUGGGCCAUUUUCGACCGGGUCUUCACAUCCAGUCAAACGGGCAUGCGCAAGCCUGACUUGGGCUUUUACCGACAUGUUCUCAGUGAGAUCCGACAGUCUCCCGGGGAGGUGAUCUUUGUCGAAUCAAACCCCGAGCACGUUCUACCUGCUCGAUCAGUCGGGAGUCGCGUCAUUCUGCACACAGAUAAAUCGAGUCUGUUUCAAUCUCUACAGAACUUACUGGGAAACCCCAUUGAGCGAGGAAAGGAGUUUCUCCGAGCCAACGCACAACACCUAGACAGCGUGACAAACACUGGUGUCACUAUUCGGGAUAACUUUACCCAGCUCUUGGUUUUGGAAGCUACUAAUAAUCGUGAUUUGAUAUACCUCGAGGAGCACUCAAGGACGUGGAACUUUUUUAUAGGGAAGUCAUUGCUCACGAGUACUAAGUAUCCUGAUGACUUCGACACUACAUGCACAGCAUUGACCGUCCUGGACCCUGACACCAAGAUUGUAUCUUCGGUCUUGGAUGAGUUGGUUGGCUAUGUCAGCAACGACGGCAUUGUUCUGACCUACUUUGACCGUUCUAGACCCCGAGUGGACCCAGUUGUCUGUGUCAAUGUUCUAAGGCUUUUCUAUAAGCAUGGACGCGGUCAGGAGUUACAAAAGACCCUCCAUUGGGUGCGCGAUGUGUUGAAGAGCCGGGCCUAUAUCGAAGGCACGCGAUAUUAUCCAACCCCGGAAGCAUUUCUGUACUUCCUCAGCCGUCUGCUCGAGAGUGCCAACGACAUCUACAUCCACGGCGAACUGUUCCAAAUUCUCCGAGAGCGAGUCAAGGAGCGCGUUGGGCUUCCUGGCGAUGCACUAUGUCUCGCCAUGCGUGUACUCACCUGUCAGUAUGUCGGAAUUCCAGACGACGCCGAUCUAGCAAAACUUCGUUUGAUGCAGCGUGCCGACGGGGGAUGGGAGCCCGGAUGGGUGUAUCGGUAUGGUAAGACCGAUGUCAGAAUUGGAAACAGGGGACUGGCCACAGCUUUGGCUGUGAAUGCACUCUCGCAAGCAGAGGUGGAGAGGACUUCCCGAGACGCUAGGCCCAACCAUGAAGGGGUGGUUAGUACCAGUAUCCCAACAGGAUUCAAGACAUUCUACUGGACUGUCGUGAACUGGAUUUACUCUUAUCCGCAAUCGGUCAAGACCUCAUCAUAUAAAUGA